GGGCUCAGUAGGCUUCGUUCGGGGAAUUCGUUCAGUUCAGCCAGCCACAGAGUGCGCGCCUCUGCUCUUCGCUAAUCCGCAACGUUCCGUAACUAAAUUCGGUGUAAUUUUCCAGUUUUUCCUCUUCGCGUGCCCACACAGAAGAGUUCAGUUUUCCAAAGCAAUCAUACGGGCAGCGGCGUAUUGUGGAAAAAGAUGAACUCAGUGCACUAGGGUGGAGCGAAGAGCCGACACACACACGGGGACGCUUCCUCGGCGCUAACUAAGAUGAUGGUCGACAACUAUGAGUCCGCCGGAUACACGUUCUACUCCAAGUUCGAUUCCGGCAACCUGGGCAAAGUCGAGCUGGUGCGCUGCUGCGAAGGUCUCGGCAUCGUUGGCAGCAACACCGUAUCGAGUGGCCCGAUUGGCGCGGGCGGACCAGCAGCAGUAGGUGGCUCGAAUGUCGUCGGCGGCGGCGUUCCCAUUAUCGGUCAGACCUCCAUCGGGGGCAGCAGCAGCAGUGCGUCAGCGAUCGUAGCAGCAACCCUCGGGGUCGGUUUGCAGCAGCAUGGCGGCGGCGGCCACACCGCCCACAGUGGUGUGCCUCAAGGCGGUGGUCUUGGACUUCCGAUACCGUCGCCGACGCCGCACGCAACCGAAAAUCCGCUGGUGGAGGUAGAAUUCAACCUCUGGACACGGCCCGACUGCGCCGGGACACCGUACGAAAAUCAGAACCGCACCUGGUUCCACUUUGCCGUGACCGGCGGCCGACCGAAUCAGAUCGUAAAGUUUAACGUGAUGAACCUCAACAAACAGGCCAAGUUGUUCAGCCAGGGCAUGCACCCGGUCAUGAAGGUGGGACCGAAUGGCCGCUGGGAACGGAUUAAGGAUAAACCAUCGUACUCGAUCACCAACGAUGUCUUCUACAUUUCGUUCCUUCACAAAGCGCCGGAGGUUGGUGCGGAACAGACACGGAUCUACUACGCGUUCACGUUCCCGUUCACCUACACGGAGCUGCUGGACCAGCUGGCCACGUUCGAUCGGAAGUUUGGCCGGCACCCGUUCGAGCUGAACAAAAUGGCGUACGAUGUGUCGCAAAAGUACGAAACCGCGGUGACCGGUACCGCGAGCGGUGCUUCCAUGUCCACCACGGAGGGCGUCAAACAGCGACGGAAGGGAAAACUGUCCAAAACGGAACGCAUCGAUCGCACCAGCCCGGAAUCGUUCGAUGAUACGGCUCGCGAUGGUACGACCGGCCUCGUGGUUGCUGCAAAGCCACCGCCAGUGUCGCUGUCACCGGAAGGGAAGCCACCACCGGCCGCAUCCGGUGUCGGGAUGGUGAUCGACGACAACACCUCCGAGUCGAUGCAGCAAAUAACGAAUCUAGUGAAUAAGGUGAAAAUAGAGUUACCGCAACAGGGCACAACGGAGGGCGCGGUUCCGGCCCCGGUCAAACAAGUGGCCUCAACACCGGGAUCGGCAUCGCUCAGCAAGCUCAAGUUACCGUCGUUCCAUCAGCAACUAAGUACCAGCGGCAGCACUGCUCCGUCGGCGACGACACUGCCCACUGACGAGGACCCUGGGAAGGGUGACCUGCGGGACGAGAUUUACUACUGCCGCGAGCUGCUCACGCACUCGGUCGAAGGGCGCCGGAUCGAGCUGCUUACGAUCAGCUCGUUCCACGGUAUUCAAACGGUGCGCGAGCCGCGCCUUCGCAACCUGUUUCCGGACGAUCAAGCCCAGCGCUGCCAUACGUUUAGGGAGAAGAAGAUUGUGUUUAUCUCAUCGCGCGUCCACCCGGGCGAAACACCGGCCAGCUUCGUGCUGAACGGCUUCCUCUCGAUGCUGCUCGACCGCAAGAGCAUCAUCUCGCAGACGCUCCGACGGAUGUACGUGUUCAAGGUGAUCCCGUUCCUCAACCCGGACGGUGUGUAUAACGGGCUGUACCGGUCCGACACCCGGGGCCACAACCUGAACCGCGUGUAUUUGGGCCCGUGCCACGAAACGCAACCGGCCAUCUACGCGGCCCGAAAACUCAUCAGAUACUAUCACCUCGGCGUGGACGAAGUGGAACCGUAUGAGUUGGAAAGGGAAAAGAAAAGCUCUUCACCACCGAAAGUGGAAUCUUCCGCGGAAUCGGUCAUCGAUUCAGCUGAUCUUUGUCUCGCUGAGUCCUCGGAUGCUGCUGCGAAUACUGGUGCAGCACCAGCAGCGGACGCGGCGGCGACAGUGAAGAAAGAGUCGGAUUGCGUCGAGCAGGACAACACACCACCGGCGUCGGAUUCUGGGUUUAGCGAAGCGAGCACCGCGUCCUCGUCGAAGGUGGUCACCAUGUGCAGUAUUUCGUCGGCUGGCAGUACGUCUCCGGAGGCCACUUCCGUUGUUACAAGCCAAACGCCAGACAGCCAACCGGAACCGGAAGAUGCCGGUGCUACGACGACGACGACGGUGGCGGUGCCACCGACACUUAUGGUGGCCGCCGCAACGGCUGCCGCUCUCGUGACCACGGCGCCCCCGUUGGCCCCGACGAAAGCUUUCACCGAGAAGCUAAUCCCCGAGCUGAACCCAGUCGUCGUGAGCGAUCCGAGCCGAUCAUCGUCGGCCGCGAUCGUGCCGCGCAGUUCCUCCAGCCUCAGCAUGGUCAGCAGUGGAAGCAAUAAAAAAUCCAUCACUGCCACGGGCAAGGGGGCCGGGAAAGGGUCAUUCCAUCACAAGCAGCAGCAGGGCGGUCACUUGCUGAAUAAACCACAGUUCAUCGGUGUGACCCCCGGCAGUGCCCUAAAGUUAAGGGAGUAUCUCAUGCAGCCGCUACAUCAUCACCACCAUCAUCACCAUCACCAUCAUCACCAUCAUCAUCCGGGUGGUGCGGCGGCGGCAGCGGGAGGCGGCACAGUGGCCUCCGGAAUGGUGCCGGCCGCUGGUCAGGGUGGGAAGUUUGCACUGGGAGGCAGCACCAGCACCAAAAAGGCAGUGCAGUCCUCCUCCGGUAAAGUCCAGUCGUCGUCGAAUGCUUCGUGCUCGUCCGCUUCAUCGCUCGCUGGCCGCACGGUCGGGGAACGGAUUCUGGGUGAUGCCACCGGGGGAAAGAAUCGGCCGCAGACGCCCCAGCAGCAGCAGGGGCAGGGCCCGGUGGUGGUGGGACCACCGAGUCACCACUAUCGGUCGCAUCGGAACGAGUACCUCAAUCCGGGCGGUGGCGGUGGACCACCGCUGUUGCAGCGGAGUCUCAACAUCAGUCUCGAUUUUCUGGCCCAGCUGGACGAGCGCAACGAUCGGGUGGUGUACGAGGACCGCAGCAAUCUGUUCAUGUACCUCGAUCUGCACGGGCACGCCUCGAAGAAGGGCGUGUUUAUGUACGGCAACCAUCUGCCCAGCACGGUCGAGGCGGUCGAGUGUAUGCUGCUGCCGCGGCUGAUGAGCCUCAACUCGGCGCACUUUCACUUUGACGCGUGCAACUUUAGCGAGCGCAACAUGUACUACAAGGGAAAGCGUGACGGACUGUCGAAGGAGGGCUCCGGCCGGGUGGCGGUCUACAAGUGUACCGGGCUGAUCAAAAGCUAUACGCUCGAGUGUAACUACAACACCGGCAAGUGUGUCAACAUUUUGCCCCCGCGCGGCAAGGAGAUUGUGGCCAAAGCGACCCACACCCUCGUCCCACCGAAGUACACGCCGGGGGUCUUCGAAGAGGUUGGCAAAGCCCUCGGACCGUCGAUACUGGAUUUGACCAACUCGAACCCGCUGUCGCGGUUACCGAACUGCGAGUUCCGUACGCUGCAGGGCCUGCGGAAUGCGCUGCGCAUCGAGAUCGAGCGUGGCUCGUCGAAGGCUCGCGUCACCAAUAAGGGACCGAAGGCGCACUCGAAACGGCUCGCCAAUCAGCUGUCCAGCUCGAUCGAGAUCGCGGCGAAGGAGAACGCCAUCCAGUGGGUGACGGCCGGACCGCUGACCGGUGGGCAACCGCUGCCCGGUGUGGUGACCGGCUCCGGCGGAAACACCGGUGUCGUCACCAUCGCCAGCAGUCCGGUGGUCGUCGCCGGCGGAACAAUGGCCCUAAAGGUGGUAACUGGCGCUAGCGGCGACGAUACCGGCGCCAUCCUGACAGCCGCGAUCGGUGGCGGCACUGCAUCGACCCAACCGGUGGCGGCAGCGGCGGUAGUUGGUCGCACCUUCCUGAAGGGCGCCUCGGUUAAGGGAGGCAAAAUCUCCCGCAAGGGUGGCGCCUUUGGGAAGAAGAAACAGAAAGUGCUCUGCGAUGUCGGUGCCGCAACCGGCAGCGGUGGUAAUGGCGGCAACGGCAAGAAGCUGCAGGAACUGGUGGUGCUGCGAGGCAACAACAAGGAUCAACAGCAAGUUCCUCCGUCGGCACAGCAGCAAGUGGUGGUGCCCCGCAAGAAGAUCAAAGUGUCCACCGGUGCCGGUGCCGGGGUGGGAGGAAACGGUCCCCCCGGUGGUGGUGGUGGCGGUCUACCCAGCAGUGCGCUGGAGUUGUGCUUCAAGGGAACUCUGCACGGUGUCGGUGGUGGCGUGGUGGCAUCGAGCUCAUUGCCCAACUGUAGCGUGGCCGCCCUUACCGCGGCCGAACUUGGUGGUGCCGUGGCGAAGAAGGUGAAAUCGGAAACGGUACUGUUCGACGCGGACGAUAUGCUGUGUGACGAUGGCUUCGUCGACGCCGCACUGCCGUGCUGUUCCCAUGGUACGGCCACUUCCCGGCUGGUGGCGUCCGUCGCAACGGCGACCACGCCCCCCGACCAUGAGGUGCUGCUGAUCGGUGGAGCCGCAUCUCAACCGAUCGACGGUGGUGGCACGGGCAGUGACAGUGGCGGAAGCGGCAGCAAAUCGGGUGCUGUCAUCGUCGGUGCAUCGCUCAAGCCGAAACCAUCCAAGUUGGCCAAAUCGACCAAAUCGGGCAGCAGUGAUGCGAGCAAGAAGCUACUGAAGAAGAAACGGUCCCUCAAGUCGGACAGUACCGGGCUGAAGCGGAAGAAGACGCGCAUCAAGCCGUCGCUCACCUAGCGAAGGAGGCGCUGCUAAUCCGUCUCUGGCCGCCGUCUUCCUUGAUUUGAUUACCGAGUAUUAACAGAGAGAGAGAGAGAGAGAGAGAGAGAGAGUGGCCAACGGAGGUGAUGCCAACGACGAUCCGCGAUCGGUCGCUGGUGGGUCUCGCGCAAUAGAGGAUUUAUUUUACUAAAAACACACAACAGAGAGAGAGAGAGAGAAGAAGGAAGACCCCGUUUGGUCUCGGGUUGUUGUUGUUGUUGUGUUGGGCGUGUGAUAUUUUGUACUCGUAUUUACUAUAAACAAACACACAGCUUUUAGUUGUAAGCCAUAUGACGGAUGUUUUGCUUUUACGCGCCACCACGCUUAGUGUGAUUAUUUGCUUUAUUUGCGUUGCAUUAUGGAUAAUAUGAACCGGAAGUGAGGUUGUAGGUUGUUGGUUUGUUGAAGCAAAAGGAGGAAGAGGAAAAGGACACCCUGCAAAAGAUUUCGUUUUCCCCGCAUUUCGAUUUUAUUUCAUUUGUUUUAAACACGCAAACGAUGAACACGGAAGGAAGUUGAGACGUUUUCAGGCCGCGACCUGAAUGCCCCGAUAUCUGGCAGUGCUCCUCCUCUCUAUUUGGACCGUUAAACCCCAUUCAAACGUAGACAGCCUGAUAUCCAGCGUUCGACUAGGUGCCCGCCUGAAUGAGCAACUGAAAGAAAGAAUGAGAGAGAGAGAAGUGGCUCAAAAGGACUCGCAAGCAAAUGCAUUGUUUGGGGAUUGUCGUGGUGCACCGGGAACGGAUUUAAAUUAUUCUCUCGCGUAGAUACGCUAGUGUGCCUAGUGUUUUGGAAUUGGUUUUGUCGAGGAAAAAGAAAACAUAACAAAAACGAUCACCACUGCGCGCUGCUUGCUUGGAUAGUCCUGAGUAGUAGUAAUGCAACUAACACACUUAAACAACCACCGCGCAAUGGGCUCACGAACAGAGUAGGUCCUGUCUCGAAGGACAAGCUUAGCAACGAUUCGUAUAGAAAAGACUUGAACAAACGUGAUAGAGAGGGACGCAGAGAGAUGGCGAGAGAGAGAGAGAGAGAGAGAGAGAGCAGUAAAAGUGCGAAAUAUUAUAUCACCAACCACAAAAU